AUGACACCAGGCGACUACUAUAUCCAAAAAAUACACUCUAAAUCAGCCUUGAAUCUACCCAAGAACCCACCACCACCAUUACCUAAUGCAACUGCAAUCAGCCAGCAACUGCAACUGCAACUGCAACUGCAACUGCAACUGCAACUGCAACUGCAGCAACAGACCUUUAAAAAUAAUAGAUUGUCACAAGAUUCACUCAUGUCGAAUCAAUCCUCCGUCUCAGACGACCACUCGUCAAUCGUAUCGUCACAGUUUGACACACCAGCCACAGACACAAGCUCAACUUUCCCAAUACAUAACGGAUCAAUGACAAAACUACCCUUUACUGUAGAUACCAGACACAGCUCCAUGACAUCAACAUCAACUGGCGCACCAUCCUUUAUGGAAAUGGAAAGCAAAUUUACUAUGCCAUUGGGAAUGACUUCGGGAAUGAAUUCAGGAAUGACUUCGGGAAUGAAUUCAGGAAUGACUUCAGGAACACCAACAGUUGGAAAGACAAAAAACUCUAUUCCAGUCAACACUAGACUGCAGCAGCAGCAACAACUGCAACACCACUUACAACAACUGCAUCAACAACAACUGCAACCACUGAGUAACAUAAAUAACAAAAGUAGACCACCACCCCUGCUAAAGGCUGCAUCCACUACAAAUAUUGCAAGACACGUUUCAACCCAACCAGUACAACAACACCAGCAACACCAACCAGUUCCAAAAACGAAAAGAUCAUACUCGGUCAAUACCAUGCCCACUUUAAACAGAACUACUUCUUCAGCUUCAACAUCAAACCCAUUAACAUUAUCAAGAACCAAGUCAAAAUACCUCUCGUCGCAAGAAUCAAAAGAACGUAAACUAUUGCGUAAAAAGAAGUACGAGGAAAACGACGAUGACGAAGAACUCUUAUCCAACGAUUUGGACAACCUUAUAUUCAAUGUACCGGUGAUCAAGAACCAAAACGAAUUGUACUCUUUGACUAAAGGCAGUCAAAGCCAAAGUCAAAUCCAAAGUCAACUCCAAUUGCAAAAUCAAGGCCAAGGUCUUGGUCAAGGUCAAGGUCAAAGAAAACUGAGUAGAAGUGGCUCUUCUUCGUCGAGCAUAAACUUGAGCAGCUCAACUAUACUUUCACGUAACGAUUUAAUCAAUGACCACAAUGACAAGUACAAUAUAAGACCAUGUCCAUUACCAGGGAAAUUGGGCUCAACAUCAAGUAUCCCACACUAUAUCAACACAAGCAUCAAUGAUGAUAGUAUAUUGGAGGAAGAAGACGCAGAUGAAGGAAGCGAAUAUGACGAUACAACAAUGACAAUGACUACAGAUGACUCCAUUAUUGCCAACAACAUUACUGAAUUUUACAAUCAAAGAAGUGCCUCAGUAUCCAAACUCAUCAAAUUAUCAAGAGAACAAAAUGUGCUUUAUAACCUCCCCUCCUUUAUCAAAUCGCAAUCCUCAUUGGACGAUUUACAUCUCAUUUCUCCCGAAAAACUCAAUUUCCUCGACCAAACAAGACCCAUUAAUUUACCCCCAAAAUCACCUUCAGACAAGAAUAAACACAACAAGCAGUUUUCUUCAGCCAUUGAUAUGUUCCAAGUUUCAAUGCAAAACGAAAAUGAUUCCAGAAUGAAGAUAGAACAAUUAAAGUCAACACAAUCACAAGAAUGGAUCAAUUUGGUUGAUUCGUUUAUGCAAUUGGACAAUAAGCAAUUCAACAAAAAGUUCACUGCUGAAAAAAACAAGAUUAGAAAGCUUGCUUGGGACUGUAACAUUCCACAAACGCAUUGCUUUAAAUUCUUACUAAAGAUUCUUUCAAACAAUUACUCAUCACAAGAUUCACUAAACACUAUUUGCAACUCAUUUGAACUAUUUGAUCAAAAGUUGAAAACAUUGAGUCCGGUAAUGAAGCAAAAUAAAGACCAUGAAUUUAACAAGAUUGUUGAGAAAAUGAAGAUGCAACCUUUGGUGAAACACUCUGGUGUUGACCAUAACGAGUUCAAAUCUAAAUUGAUGCAUUUGUUAUACAUCAAAAGUAUAAGUGAAUCUGGACUUGCUGAAAAAGAUUACCUAAUGAUAACCAUAUUGUUGUGCUUGUUUCCUCAAGAGACUAAUGUUGACUUGUAUUGCUUGCUUGAAUUAGUGCAACAUGAGGUUUUGGAUGCAAAAUUCUCACAGCAAAAACUAGGAACAGGAAAAAGUUCAACCUCAUCAAGUGUAGUUGUUGAGGAGACUAAAAAUAUCACUUUGACGCAUUUGCUCUUGUUGAUUUUGAAAUUCAAUGACUGUCAAAAAUUGUCAGCCUCGGCAAUGCACCAGCAAUCACAGCCGCAACAACAACAGCAACAGCAACAGCAACAAGUGAAAUCACUGACACCUGUUUCAAGUCCAAAUCCACAAAACGAUGUCUCUGCCGGUAAUGACACUGUUGUUGGUGCAAGUCUUGAGGUUGUAAUGAAACUCAUUACACUUCUUGUGGUCAAUUCACAGAGCUUAAAAACUAGGGAAAAGAACAAUUUGAAAUUGUUGAAACUGUUUAACAAGACUGUGUUUGUUAAUUACCAUCUUGGAUGGAACUCAUUCGAAGAGUUAACAAAGAGCGAUGGCCAGAGUAACGAAGGGAUAAGGAUUAAUUAUUGUGCUGAUCAACUGGCCAAUUUGGAUAAAUUUAUAAAGAGAUGGUGUCAUCAUCAUUUUGGUUGA